UUUUCUCACUCAAGGCAAUUAAUUUGUGAUUUUGUGCUCAUUUUGAGUCUCACCUGACAAACCCCAACACAACACAAUGGCGAUCGCAAGUCUCCAGCGUCUCUCCACCCACCUUCACCGCACCACCGCCACUUCCUCCACUUUCUCUCUCCUCUCCAAAUCCCUCCUUUCCCGCACCACCACCACCACCUCCGCCGCCGCAUCCACCGGCGGCACAAAGAAAGUCUCCGAUCGAAUCGUCAAGCUCUUCGCAAUCGAUUUAGACGGCCACAAGCGCGAAAUCAUCGGUCUCACCGGCCAAACCCUACUCAAAGCCCUAACUAAUCACGAUCUAAUCGACCCUGCUUCUCAUCGUCUUGAAGAUAUCGAAGCUUGUUCUGCUGAAUGCGAGGUUCAUAUUGCUCAAGAAUGGCUCCAGAAGAUUCCUGCUGCUUCGUAUGAUGAACAGUAUGUCCUCAAAAGGAAUCAGCGAAACCGUGUUCUUAACAAGCAUGCUAGGUUGGGUUGUCAGGUUGUUCUCUCGCAGGAGCAUCAAGGUAUGGUUGUUGCUCUUCCUGAGCCUAAGCCUUGGGAUACUCCUUAAUUUUCCCCAAUUUUAUUAGGGUUUGUGGGGUUGGAAAUGUAAGCAUUUUAAGGUUUCCUUUUGUUGUUACUUGAUUUUGAUAAUAAGGAUUUGAUGCAAUUGGGAUGCGUUAUUCUGGUUUCUUGUUGUUGCUAUGAUGACGACGAUGGGGAAUUGUUGUUGACAAUGUGGAAUUUUUUUUGCAAGUUCCGAUUAAUAUUUGCUGAAUUAUUGAGCUUUGGAAUUUA